UAGGUAUGUAAUUUUCUCGUCUUUGCCUAGGGGGAAAAAAAACCCCGAAAGGCCUCCCCUCCGCCGCCGUAAAGCUUCGGCCGUCGGGAUCUCCGAAUCGCCGCCUCCACCCUAAUCCCCUCCGCUUCUGUCGGCGUGCAGGCUGCGCGAACUCAUCAGAAGCGCCGCCUCCACCCUAAUCCCACUUCUGUCGGCCUGCGGCCUGUGCGAGCUCCGAUCCGCCGCCUCCACCGGAAUCGCCUCCGCUGCCGUCGGCCUGCGGGAGCGCUUCGAACCGGCAAGGAUGAAAUCGCGCAGGGCGCUGUGGAUUUCCAGGGAACGGACCAGAAGAACGGCGAACUACGAAGACCGGGAGAACCCCUUCUGGGCCCUUGCAGGUAUGCCGCCGCCGUCGUCUGUGCCAUGCCAACUACAGUCGACUGGUGGCACUGGGAUGGAGUCAAGCCCGGAGCACCUCCCUUCGCCGCCGUGCCAGGCAAGGACACCAUCGCCGCCCCCGAGUGGGAGGGCAUCAUCGCCGUCGCAGCUGCUCCCCUGGGAACAGAGGGAGAGGGAGAGGAUACAAUCACCGCCCAUGAGUGGGAGGGCAUCAUCGCCGUCGCAGCAACUCCCCUGGGAAGAGGGGGCAUGCCCGGAGAGGGUACGAUCGUCGCCGAUGAGUGGGAGGGCAUCAUCGUCAUUGCAGCAGCUCCCCUGGGAAGAGAGGACAUGCCCGGAGAGGAUACCAUCUCUGCCAAAGAAGAAAAUGUAUUGGUUUGCUCGCUCUCGGGAAGCCAAUUCCGUGCAAGUAUCACGUCCAGGGGAAGCAUCAUAUCCUGAGGCAACCGAGGGCAAACCAGAGUAUAAUCUGCACGUCUUGAAGAGCAUGAAGAAGAAGAAGAAAAAGAAGAAGAAGCGGGGCAAAAGGAAUAAGAGAGGUCAAGGCGGCUCCGAGGACAAGAGCCAAGAGAAGCAAGAGGUAGCACAAGAGCAUCUGGGCUCGGUGUCGUCCUCAUACAGCUCUCCGCUGCGUGAACCGCAAGCUCCACUUGUGCCUAUGUGGACGAGUCCUUCUGGAGAGGUGGUGUAUGGCAUCACCGAUGAUCCCACAGCUGCAGAAGCCUAUCAUUGGGCUUUUCACGAGUACAAGAACAAGAGAGCACGCCAGGAACUAUUACCGACAGUAAGGUCGUCAAUCUCUGCUGCUAUUGAACACUAUAAUCCCGAGCAGAAGAAAACACAAAUAAAUGCUUCCAAAUCCAUCGUGAGCCUUUCAGCUUAUCACGAUGGUAGAGAGAUUAAUCAGGGAACUGGUAUAAUUAUCGAGUGCGAUGAAGUGAAGAAUUCUGCUAUCAUUUUAACUUCUGCUUGGCUCAUUUGCAUAAAGAAACCUUUUGAUGAUUGGUCGCAUAAAGAUUAUGCUCCUGAGGCUAAGGUCACUGUUCACAUGUUGGAUGACACGAUCUCAGUGUGUCGAUUGCUGUACUUCAGCAAGCAUUUCGAUAUUGCCUUAUUUGAAACUGUAGGAGGGCUAACUAUACCGAUUAUGCCAUUGAAAUCUGAUUUGGAAUAUGGCCAGGAUUUCUGUGUGCUCACCAGAGACAUAAAUAUAGAUUUGAUUUGCACAACAGUCAAAGUGAAGUACUUAGAUCCGUAUGAGCACCAACACAAUCACUAUAUGUUCAUUGGUGGUUCCAUUCCCAAGUGUGGUACUGGAGGUGCAUUGGCAGAUUUCAGUGGAAACACUGUUGGGAUGUUAUUCUGCACCUUGCCCAUGGUUGCAUUCCUACCGAGCUCCCUGAUCCUCACGUGCCUAAGAUUGUGGAAGAAGUUUGGGCAAAUUGUUCGACCUCAGCUUGGUUUGAAGUUUAAAACAGUGGAUUUUCAAGAGAUGACGCUUAUUGAGUUGCUGUCUCGUAAAUACAAUAUUACCUCUGGUCUUAUUGUAGGAGAGGUUUCAGCUGAAUGUGCUGCUGAGAAACUUGGCAUUCGAGUUGGGGAUAUUAUUCUCUCUCUCUCCAGGGAGAAAGCAUUUCAAGUAUAAUCCAGUUGGAGAAUAUAUUGCUCAGUAUUGGUGAGAGAUAUCUUGAGGAGGGUAACGACUCCAGCUCUAAGGUUGAUAUCAAGGUUGGUCUAUUUCAUGUGCGUAAAUGUACCAGAAGAUUUAUCACUUUAUCAGUACGGUUGUCUGGUGAUAUUGAAGUCUUUCGCUGAGCUCGAUGGCGACCUCCUGACGAACAGAAGAGAUGGUGAGACGACAAGUUAGUACUGCAUGUUGGAAGGAAUGAAGUCUUUUAAGAGGAGUGGUGUUCAAAGUUUUUGGUCUGGCUGGUUAUACUCUGAUGUCUGCAAGUCUGUUCGUGGUCUUGAUACAUGAUUUCUAUUGUUGGGUUUCCAAGUGUGUGCUUGCAGUUGCACCCAUUAGUCCCUUGCCACAUUCUUGCGGUUUUACACCUAUCCUUGUGUGAAUUUUCGGUCGGGAUCUCGUCAGGUGAAGGAAUCGCACUGAUUUGCCUGCUGUGGUUCAAAUUGUUUGGUUUGUUGAUUUUGUUAAUUUAUUACUCAAUCCGUCCCAGAAUAUAAGAAGUUUUAGAGUUGGACAUGGUUAUUAAAAAGGUAGGUAGAAGUAAGUAGUAGAGGGCUAUUAUUGGAUGAGUAGUGGAGGUUGGUGAGAAAAGUGAAUAGUGGAGGGUUGUUAUUGGUUGGGAAGAGAAUACCCAUGUGUUGUGAUGGGUGAAGACGGUACGGACGAAGCUCAAAGCUGACAGGUGGUAGAAGCACUCGAUCAGGAUUUGCACUCGGGCAAAUUCGUGCUCCGCUAUGUAGAGCUGGAUCGUGCUCAGACACGACUUCGAGCUAGCCGUGAGGAAUAGGUGGCAGCACAUUUGGAUGAAGAGCAGUGGUCGACGUGGUACACGACCAUGCUAAGGUAUGGUUGGACCAUCGGAGGAUCUGAGGUAAUGCGUGGAGAUUGUCACGUUGCUCUUGCUGCUCGACAACAUGGCCAUGUCGUGCUCCCUUUGGACAACAAUUCAACGAAGGAAUGCAGAAAGAUCAAACAGAGAUGUUUCUUAUCUCGUUUUCAUUAAACUUUCAUACCAGGUUCCUUUUCUAGCAAUUUAGAUUUGGAAACCCUCUAUGAACUGCGGGAGAGGCUCUCCCUCCCCAGGCUACUGUUUUUCUCUGAUUACUAUUCAACUA